GUAGUCCAUGAUGUAAAGACUCGAAGUGAACGUUGAGAGAUUUGGCGGAUUUUUCAAAACUCAAACAGCGUAGAUUGCAACUAUGAGAAUAUAUCUCAUUAUUUAAUGCGGUAUAUGAUAAGUAUUUUUGAAGUAUUCUUCUGAAGAUGUUUUGUUUUCAUUUUAAUGUAAAUGGCCUGAGCAAAUUAUAACAAAACCUCUUGAAGCUUCCGCUUUAUUUUUUCUGUUUUGCCAUUCGUUAAUAUUUAUUAUCUCUGAAAACGAGGGUUACUUUUUUGACAGUAUUUGAUCUCUUCUUUUCCGUAUAUAGUAUUGUAUUAUGUAUUAUUUUGUAAAAUAUUGUAAUUAUAAAAAAUAGUUUGAAAAUAUUUGUCCAGAUUUUACAUGUGAAUUACAAAUUUUUUAAUUAUUUUAUCAAUCAGUAAGAUAAAGAAAUGAUAUGAGAUAGAUUUUUAUGCGGUCAUGUAUUUAGAACUGCCUAACUUCUUUUAUUUAUAGUUAUUUUGAAUUUCCUAUUGUUUACCAAAAGUUUUUUUCCAAUUAGAAUUUAACUACCAUUAUGGAACCUCCCCAGAUUAUAAAAUUAAAUGAAGACGUUAUAAACCGAAUAGCAGCUGGGGAAAUAAUACAACGACCUGCAAACGCUUUAAAAGAACUUAUAGAAAAUAGUCUUGAUGCUAAAUCAACAAAUAUUCAGAUAACCGUAAAAAAUGGGGGGCUCAAGAUGUUACAGAUUCAGGAUAAUGGAACUGGUAUAAGAAAGGAAGACUUUGAAAUAGUGUGUGAGAGAUUUACGACUUCUAAACUAAGAGAAUUCGCAGAUCUACAUAAAAUAGCUACUUAUGGUUUUCGUGGAGAAGCAUUAGCAAGUAUAUCUCAUAUUGCACAUUUGACUAUUACUUCUAAAACAAAAAAUGAUAUAUGUGCGUACCAAGGAUCUUUUGUUGAUGGUAAAUUACAGGGUUCUCCUAAACCUACUGCUGGAAAUCAAGGAACUAUUAUAACAGUUGAAGACUUAUUCUACAAUAUGAGUGUAAGAAAAAAAGCAUUAAGGUCUGCAGCUGAGGAAUAUCAAAAGAUAUCUGACGUUGUUGGUAAAUAUGCAGUUCAUAAUGCCCAUGUAGGUUUUGCGCUAAAAAGAUCGAAUGAAAGUAAUGAUAUUCGGACAAAUCCGAAUUCAAACCAAGUGGAUAAUAUACGGGUUAUCUAUGGAAAUGGAAUAGCUAGAGAGUUGAUUGAGUUUUCCAUGGAAAAUGAACAAUUUCAGUUUAAAGUCAAUGGAUACAUUUCUAAUGUCAAUUAUUCUCCCAAGAAAUUUCAAUUUUUGUUGUUUAUUAACCAUCGUUUAGUUGACUGCCAAAGUUUAAAGAGAUCUAUAGAUCAUGUAUAUUCAACCUAUUUGCCCAAAAACACCCAUCCAUUUGUUUACUUAAGUCUUGAAUUGGAUCCAACAAAUAUAGAUGUAAAUGUUCAUCCCACUAAACAUGAAGUACAUUUUUUACAUGAAGAUCAAAUCGUUGAGUGUAUUGCCACUGCAUUGGAAACUAAACUUUUAGGAUCUAAUAAUUCAAGAACUUUCUUUACACAGUCUAAGUUACCAAAAGUACUUAAUAUAGAGGUUCCAGAUGCCAAAGAGAACAAUAAUAGCCAUACUAAAACUGUAAAUGCAAGUAGUAUGGUUAGAACAGAUGCAAGAGAACAAAAAUUGGAAAAAUUUUUUGGAGAUAUUCAAAAGAAACAUGAAAAUGGCUCGACGGCACAAAAAUGUGGAAACUCAUCUUUCAUAGAAACGGAUAAUAACGCCCUCAAUGAAUCAUUUUUAAAUAGAGCAGACAAUUUGGAAACAAACAUAAAUCUGAAUAGAUCAGUUGUUGAUUCAAAGGUAGAAACAGAAGUUAAGAUGGCACAAGAUCAUCCCUCGUCUAAAACAUCUAAAAUAGAAUAUGUUGAGGAACCACAGAAAACAAUUGUUAGCAAUGAAUUGAAUGCUUUUUUCAUCAACAAAAUAACAAGGUAUGACACAAAACUAACGAGUGUUUUAGAGCUACGGAAAGAAAUAGAAGAAAAUUGCCAUAGGCUUUUAAGAGAAACAUUUGCCCAACAUGUUUUCGUCGGUAGUGUAGAUUCGUCUCAAGCAUUGAUUCAAUAUAGUACUAAAAUGUUUCUUUGUAAUACCAAAUUGGUAUUAGAAGAACUUUUCUACCAGUUUAUUAUGUAUAAUUUUCAAAAUUUCGACAGUUACAUUUUUUCCAAUAAAAUAUCAAUUUUUGAGUUGGCGAGAAUCUGUUUAGAUCUGGAGGAAACAGGAUGGACUCCUGAAGAUGGUGAUAAGUCAGAACUUUCAAAACGUAUUACACAUAUUUUAUCAGAGAAGGGACCAAUGCUGCAAGAUUAUUUUUCUAUGGAAAUAGAUGAAAUGGGAAAUAUAUGCAGUAUUCCAAUAUUAUUAGGUGUUUUAGACAAUUAUUUGCCAGAUCCAAAAGCUUUGCCGAUGUAUGUAGUUCGAUUAGCUACUGAAGUGAACUGGGAAAUAGAAAAAGAAUGUUUUCAAAAUUUUGCUAGAGAAACUGCAAGAUUUUAUUCUAACGUACCAGAAGAAGUUAAUCAAAACGGAAAGGAUUGGCAAUGGGUAACAGAACAUGUUCUUUAUCCGGCUUUAAAAGAAUAUAUCAUACCCCCUAAAAUCUUUGCGGAAAAUGGUGCACUAUUAGAAAUAGCAGAUUUGCAUAAUUUGUACAAAGUUUUCGAGAGAUGUUGAUUGUUGUUAUAUUGUGCUUUAACAAUACCAGAGAACAUAGUUGACUGAUCAUCCAUUUAAACAAUUGAGACAUUUUUAACAAAAUGUUAGAAUUUAAGUGAUUCAAAUGUACAAUUCCCAAUACCUGGUUCAUGAUAUUUAAAUGUAAAAUAUAAUUAAUUCAAAAUUGGAGGGAGAUUAUAAUUUAAACAACUGACUUCUAAUGUGGAGACUGUAUUAUCAUCUUGUGAUGAAAACUACUGAGGUGAUAUAUUUUAUUUCACAAAUGUUUCAAUUUCAAUACAGUUCAAAUAUUUUCAAUUAUUUUCUAAAACCGUUAAAUGAAUAUUUAAUUUUUUUACUUUAAAAUCGAGAGGUCUGCUCAGCUAUCUGAGGUUAACUUAUAUUUUUAAGGUCCAUUUUCAUUUCCAACUUCUUUAUAACUAUUUAAUUGUUGAUUAGCACCUCCAUUGUUCUAAUCUCAUGUAUUAUUAACGGUUCCUACAUAAAACAAUAAAUGUGUAUACCGUAGUAGUUUAGCACCUCAACUUUUCAAGAAAUGGACAGGAAAAUGAUAAAGGUAAUAAAACAAGGAAAAAAGCAAAAACUGGGGGCCAAGGAAACUAUGGAUUGAUAAGAUAUGACAUAAUGAAGGAAAAUUUUGGAGGGACUGAAAAUAAAGGUUAAAAAAUGAGUGAUGCUAAAUUAAAAUUCAACGCCUAAAAAGACAUAAGAUAAAAAGUACAUAUAUUAAGAUAACAUGGAUCAACUCUUAAUUGUGUUUAGAUAUAUUAACUAAAAUUUAUUUUUAUGAAGAGGUGUGUUUGAAAUUAUGAUAUUAAAAUAAUAAAAAUUUUAAUAAUUUAUAUUAUAUUGUACAAUUCAGUAACCUUCACUUGAUUUGUUCAACUAAUGAUGUCAUUUCAAAACUUAAAUAAAUAAGUCGACCUAAUACAAAAAUA